AUGUCACCAACAUCAUCAUCGUCUACUAUCUAUGAUCAUUUGAUGAUCAAUUUUCAACAACAACCUAAAAUUAUUAUGAGAAAUAAUACAAAUUCAUUGAAUAGUACAUAUGAUCUGUCGAAUAAAUUAUAUUCAUCAACCUCAAGAUCUGAUUGUGAUAAUUUAUCGAUAAUGAAAAAAACAAAAUCUAUACCAAUUGAAAAAGAAGAACGAUUAAAACGACGAUAUACAAUAACACAUAUAACUGCACCAGAACCUACUGUACGUUGUUCAGUGAGUAAUCAAGCAUAUGAUAAACCCAUUAUACAAAAACCUUUAACAUCUCCAAAUAUUUCUUCAACAUGUUUUCAUUCACCAUUAUCAAAAAAUAUUCAAACUAAACAAAUGGAUUUUCGUCCAUUGAUUACAAAUGGACGUCGAAGAUUUUCAACAAUAUCUUCAGCUUCACCAAUGGUUAUUAUUAAGAAAAAAUCUCCAUCACCUAUGAAUAAUAUUUCUUUUGAUCAGAAACAAUUGCGUCGCUCGAUUCCUGUCAAUAUUACUAGUAAUAAUACACCAAUAGUUGUUAGUACUGUGAUAACAUCAUCAUUAUCUUCUUCUUCUCCUUCUUCAUCUACAACAUCGGCAAAUGUGGGUACUGUUUCUGUACCAAUUCAAGUGAUAAAAACUGAGAAAAAUAAUAAUAAUAAUAAUAAUAUUAAAAAUAAUACUAUUUUGACUUCUAAUAAAACAAACGAGAGUCAGAUAGGUUAUCGUUACGUUCCAAAACAAUCACAACAAGUUAAACCACUAAUAAUCACAAAAACUGGAAAUAAAGUUCCAUUAUCAUUUAUUCUAACGGAUGAUGAUAAUGGAUCUAGAAGAAUGCCUUCUUCAUCAUCAGCUGGUGAAGAUGGCAAUAAUCAUAAUUCAACAAUAAUGACGGAUUCAAAUGUACUUCGUUUAAUUCGUCGUUAUGAUCCCGUAGGUGCAAAUAUUGUUGGUAUACAAAAUCGUCGUUCACUUGAAAAUAAUCGACGAGCAGCAUUUCAAGAAGUUCCUCAAAAAGCAAAAUCAUCAUUACCAUUAAAUCUUUCUUCAUUAUCAUGCACACAUUUAUCACAGUUAACAUCAAAUUUAGUACAUAAUGAUAAAAAUUCAGUAAAACAAUCAUCAACACAUCGUCUUCAACAUCAACAAGCAAUUGAUGAACCGGAACCAUCACCAUCAUCAUCAAAUAAAACAAAUUCUUCAAUUCGAUCAAUUCUUAAAUAUACAGCACCAACAUUACGUACUGAUUUUAAUGUUCCAUUGACAAAAACUGAACCAUUAACUAUUGAAAUUGAACCAUAUGCUCCGCCGACAUCAUCAAUUAUACCAACUGAAAAUGCAAUUACUUAUCAACCAUUAAUUACAACUGGUACAAAAAGAGUUUGUGCAGCAAUAAGUAAAUCUGAAUGGGACUUGCGUUUACAAAAUGAUAAUUCUGCUUCAAUUAUACCACCACCACCAACAACACCUACGUUUCCUGUUCGAUCUCCUUCACCAUAUACAAAUGUUAAUCCACAACAGGAAAAAGAAUCUUAUCAAACAUUACAUGAUCAAAAUAAAAAUUCAAUUGGAACCAAAAAUAAUAAUGAUGAAGAUGAUGAUGAUAUUCAUGAAAAUUCUUCAUCAAUUACAACUGGUUCAUGUGUUGAAAAACUUAAACAAUUAUUUAAUACAAAAUCAUCAUCACUUGAUUUAAUAAAUUCACCAAUAAGUAAACAACAAAAAAUAAAUUCAAUUGAAUCAAAUCUUAAUCGAAAUUUAAAUACACAUGGAACAAGUGUAAAUAAAUCAGAUGUAUUAUCAUUAUCAUCUUCACUUGUUCAAAAAGUUCCUAAUUCAAAAUCAAUUGAAUCACAAAUACAUAAUAUACCAAGUGAUGAUUUAAUUAAACCAAAAACAAUUAAUCAAGAAGGUGUAUCAACAUCUUCACCAUUAUUAAAAAGACCUAUACUUAAAAGUCAAAAAGCUUUUGAUAGUACUGACUCACUCAAUUAUUCAAAUAGUAGUAGUGUAAUGCCAUCAUCUGAAGUUUCAUAUGAUGCAUAUCGUUUUCGUCGUUUAAAUGAUCAUGAUCAAAUGACAAGAACACGUUUAAAAAAUGUGGCCAAAGUUGAACCAUAUUCAAUAAAUACAAAUAUGGUUCGUCCACUUUAUCAAUCAUUAUCUUCACAAGCAACAACAACAACAACAGUACCAUCAAAAACACGUCCUAUACUUAAUAGUAUGGGAAAUACUCCCACUAAUUCAUCAACAUCAUCGUCAGCUGCCUCUCUUAAUGGUACAAUUCGUCAUCCUAAUGUUCGUCAUUCAGAUUUUCUUGUACCGAAUCCUGCAUAUUCAACAUUACAACCACUACCGCCACCACCACCACCUCCUCCUCCUUCACAUAUAACUCAAACUUUAUCAAAUUCUUCGUCUUAUGCGACACCUCCAUCAUCAUCAAUAUUAUUAUCAGAAUCACUUUCACAAGAUUCACCACGUCGAUUAUUAAACAAGAGUAAUACUCCAUUAUAUACAGGACGUUCUACUAGUUUAGCUUCAUCAAUAAAUAAUCCUCAGCAAAAAUAUCGAUCGUCUACACAAGCAGAUUUUUAUUCUGGAAAGCAACCAUAUUCUCCUUCAACAUAUCCUAAUGGUAAUGGUACAAUAGUUAAUAAUAAUAAUAAUAAUCAUAAGUAUGAACAAUUCGAUAAUUAUACCCCACCACAUAAUUCAUACCAUUAUCGACCAAGAGAAUAUAUUUCAUCAACAACACAACUCAAUACCUCGUUAACUAAUAAUCAUCAACAAUCUCAAGGAUCAAUGUGUACAAAACAGGUCGAACGAUCACAACAUGAACUACUUAAUAAUGGACCACCACAACAACAACAACAACAAAACCGUCGCCGUUUUCAAAGACGUAAACAAAUGAAACGUUCGAAAAGUGCUGAUCUAUAUCAAGAAUGUUCAUCAAAAACUCAAAAUAAUAAUAAUUCUUUUUUUCCAUCAACAAAUCAUAAUGAAACUAGUAGAUGUAAUCGACAGCCACGAUCAACAAGUCGUGAUUUAAUAGGAGGAGGAGAUGGAAAUCUAUCAUCAUCAUCAUCGACAUCAUCAAUGUCAACAGCUAAUAUUGAACGUAUUAAUCGAGCUGCUUUACUUCGUUAUAAAUCAUUAGAUUCAAUGACAUUUAAUAAUCGAGCAUCAAAUCUUAAUGGAAAAAAUAAUAAUCGAAGAGCUUUAUCAAAACCGUUGAAUGCCGAUUUUGAUAGUGAUGAUUCAGUUUGUGGAAUACCAAAACCUAGAAAGACAAAUGGACGGUGA